UAUUACGCAAGCCCCGCCCCUUUUACCUGAAAUACGCGCACCUGGAUCCACGACGCGGAAGUCCUGCUGAGAUUACUCCACUUUGACAUCGCCGUGGUCAGCACUUCUGCUUUGGGACAGUCGUUGUUGAAGUUCUGAACUCUUUUGGAAAUGAGUUUUAAGCGCAGUCGGUUGGACGGGCGGUGAUGUUUGGCACAGAGAGCGUGUCAGGUGAAGCUUUGUUUUCCACUCGCUGAACUCCUCCACAGAAUGCCACUCCUCCGCAGGCUCAUGCGCAGACGACUGCACCCAUGGAAGCUCGCCCUCGUGGCUUUAGUGUUCGUGACUUUCCUGUUUCUGAUGCAGCGAGAGGUGGUCAGUCAGAACCCCCAGGACGAACCCUGGCUCAAAGGGAUAGUGGAGAAACGGGAUGGCGUUCUCGGGAUGGUGAUGGGGGCGGUGAAUAACUUCCGGGACGCCAUGCCAAAGAUGCAGAUCAAAGCUCCUGUGAGGCAGCAGGAGCGCGAGGGCAGUCCGGCCUGUCUGUCCGGAUACUACACGGCCGCUGAACUCCGACCGGUCCUGGAAAGGCCACCGCAAAACCCCAGCGCCCCGGGGGCUUCUGGGAAGGCGUUUCGCACGGACAAUCUGGGCUCGGCAGAGCAAAAAGAGAAGGAGAGAGGAGAGGAGAAGCACUGCUUUAACUUGUACGCCAGUGAUCGGAUCUCUCUGAGCAGAGACCUCGGCCCUGACACCAGACCUCCAGAAUGCAUCGAGCAGACGUUCAGGCGCUGUCCGCCCCUGCCGACCACAAGCGUGAUCAUCGUGUUCCACAAUGAAGCGUGGAGUACGUUACUGCGCACCGUCUACAGCGUCCUGCACACCUCUCCGGCUCUACUCCUCAAAGAGAUCAUCCUCGUGGAUGACGCCAGCGUUGACGAGCGACUAAAGGACGAACUGGACGAGUAUCUGAAACAGCUCCACAUCGUGCGCGUGGUCCGCCAGCGUGAGCGAAAAGGCCUGAUCACUGCCCGGCUCCUCGGGGCCUCCGUGUCCACAGGGGACACUCUCACCUUCCUGGAUGCCCACUGUGAAUGUUUCCACGGAUGGCUUGAGCCGCUGCUGGCCAGGAUAGCGGAGAACUCCACUGCCGUAGUCAGUCCUGACAUCACCACCAUUGACCUGAACACAUUUGAGUUCAUGAAACCCUCACCGUACGGACAGCACCAUAACCGGGGGAAUUUCGACUGGGGCCUGUCCUUUGGCUGGGAAACCCUUCCAGAUCAUGAGAAACAGAGGCGCAAAGAUGAGACAUACCCAAUUAAGACGCCAACGUUCGCAGGAGGAUUAUUCUCCAUUUCCAGAGAUUACUUCUACCAUGUAGGAAGCUAUGAUGAGGAGAUGGAGAUUUGGGGAGGAGAAAAUAUUGAAAUGUCCUUCAGGGUGUGGCAGUGCGGCGGGCAGCUGGAGAUCAUCCCCUGUUCAGUCGUUGGGCACGUGUUUCGCACUAAGAGUCCGCACACCUUCCCCAAAGGCACGCAGGUGAUCGCUCGCAACCAGGUGCGUCUGGCUGAGGUCUGGAUGGAUGACUUUAAAGAGAUCUUCUACCGGAGGAACCAGCAGGCCGCUCAAAUCGCCAAAGAGCGGUCUUUUGGAGACGUCUCCAAGCGUGUAGAUCUCAGAGAAAAGCUCCAGUGUAAGAGCUUUUCCUGGUAUUUGAAGAACGUCUAUCCGGAGGUCUUCAUGCCUGAUCUCAAUCCGCUGCAGUUUGGCGCGAUAAAGAACGUGGGGAAGGAGGCCUGUCUGGACGCGGGAGAGAGCAAUGAAGGAGGGAAACCUCUCAUCAUGUACCCCUGCCACGGGAUGGGAGGAAACCAGUAUUUUGAGUACUCGACCCAUCAUGAGAUCAGGCACAACAUUCAGAAGGAGCUCUGUUUGCACGGGACGGAUGGAGUCGUCAAACUAGAGGAGUGCCAGUAUAAAGGUCACGGCACCGUCACUGGACCUCAGCAGAGAUGGGAGCUCAGAGAGGAUCAGCUGUUCUAUAACAAGGGCUCGAAACAGUGCCUGGGCAUUCGUCAAGAGAACCCCUCUCUAGUGCCCUGCAAUCCAGCCGAUAAACACCAGCUCUGGGUCUUCACUUGAAUGGCGGAACCACUGACACACACACACACAGAGAAAAAAAUUAAUUUAUUUUUGUAUGCGGAAAAUAUUGCUGUUGUAAUAUCUAUUGGACCAAAAACAUAGCAUUCACAGACAUUCCAGUCUAUAGCAGUAGCACAUCAUUGCAGUACACGAGAUCCAGGGGGCGGAGUUAGAUCCAGAUGGGUAGGAUUAG